UAUAAUGUUGAGUCCAACUACGUCUGACCACACAAAAACUCCAAAAUGCUCUAGAAAAGCACCUUCCAUCACCAAUCGUCGGUUUUAUCUAGGUUAUUUUCAUAGAAGAGAUGGUGAAUUUGAUAUCUAAAAGCCUUAAAUCAUUUUUCUUUCAAUGCCUAAAAUCUUGCUGAGAAAUUCAUAGCUUUGAACCUGUUCCUUAUGUUACAUUUUAAUAACUUACUUUUCAACAAUUGCUAUAAUUCAGAGUGAAUUUUUUUUCACAGACUCUGCAUCACCACGGCUUCUUAAAACAGAAGAGGAAACGAUGUUCAAGAAAGAAAUUGCCAACAAAAAAUCCUUCUCUAAACCAUCACGAAACAAAAUUUCUGUCUACUCAGCCAGUAAUACCAAAAAAAAAUUUGCUUGUGACGUAUGUUCAAAAAUUUUCAAUAAUGAAAAUAAGUUGAAAGCUCAUCACAUAACCCAUACCGGUAUAAAACCUUUUAAUUGUAAAAUAUGUUCAAAAUCUUUUGGUCGAAAAAGUCACCUGAAAAGUCAUGAAAAAAUUCAUACUGGAGAAAGGCCAUAUCAUUGUAAAAUAUGUUCGAAGUCUUUUACUCUGAAAAAUUCAUUUAAAGAUCAUGAAAAAAUCCAUACAGGAGAAAGACCUUUUACAUGUGAUAUCUGUUCAAAAUCUUUUAUUCAAAAAACUAAAUUGAAAUACCAUAAGCAAAUUCAUACAGGAGAAAGACCAUUUCGUUGUCAAAUCUGUCCAAAAUCUUUUAUCCAGAAGGGAAAACUUAAAGAUCACGAAAGAACUCACAGCGAAGAAAACCCAUACAAGUGUGAAAUAUGUUUAAAAUCAUUUUCUCAAAGUGGUAUGUUGAAAGUUCAUGAAAGAAUUCAUGACGGAGACCUAUCAUUCCAGUGUGAAAUAUGUUUGAAAUGUUUCUCUGGGAAAAAUAACUUGAAGGUUCAUGAAAGAAUUCAUACGAAAGAGAGACCUUUUACAUGUGAAAUCUGUUCAAAAUCUUUCACACAAAAAGGCACUUUGGAAACCCACAAAAAAAUUCAUACUGGCGAAAAAAAAUUCCAUUGUGAAAUCUGCUCAAGAUCCUUCCUUUAUAUGGGUAAUUUGAGAACUCAUGAAAAUACUCACACUAGGGAGGAAUCAUUUAAUUGUGAUUUUUGCUCAAAAUCUUUCAUUUGUAAGCGUUAUUUGAAAAAACAUAUCUUGUCUCAUACUGAUGAGAAACCUUAUCGGUGUAAUGUUUGCACAAAAUCGUUUACUACCAGUAGUUCUUUAAAAAUCCAUGAAAGUAUCCAUACUGGGAAAAGACCGUUUAAUUGUAAAAUCUGUUCAAAGUCUUUCACACGAAAUUGUCAUUUGAAAGUUCAUGAAAAAGUUCAUUCUAAAAAAAACCACCUCACUGAAAAGUAGUUUUAUUGCAAGGACGAAGGUUAUAUGCCAAGGACUUCCUUCGUCCUCUUAGUCAACGCAUAUACCACUGAUGAAGUAUGCCGCAGUAGCAGGCGAAACGUUUGUUACUUUAGGUUCCAUUUGACAACGGAUUCUGUUAUCUCAAUAAUAGGUACUAUUUCAAUAUGAAAAGAAAUUCUACUUUCUUUUACACACCUUAUAUUAAGUUUAGCACUUUUUUUAAUGAAUCAUUUUCCCAUUACUGAAUAUACCUUUACACUACAUAUAUAAACUUAUAAUUGAUGUUCACUGUAUUAGCGUUGAAAUUGAAGGUGAAGUUAUAUUGCUUUUCAUUAGUUCGGACUUCCAUUGAAGUUAUAUUGUUUGCGACAAGUUAAAGAACGAUGCAUUAAGGUUCAAGAGAAACGACUGGGAAUUUU